AUGAGCUAUUCACAAUCGUGGACCGAUGAAAGUGGUACAACACCAACAAAUUCUAAUGAUGAUCAAAGCGAAACUGAUUCAAACAAUUCUUCUUCAGAAAAUAAAAAUAAUAGAAAAGAACCAAAUAGAAAUUUAUACAAAAUACGUUCUGAACAGAUUAUUGUUCAUCGCUGGUUUUUAUCCGAUAUUCAAUCUUUAAAAAAUCAGAAACAAGAUUUCUAUGUACAAUCCAGUCCAUUUGGUUGCACUGGUGAAAAUGGAUUUUUACAUUGGAUUAUUCGCUUCUAUCCCAGAGCAUCGAAAUCAUCAAAAAAUAAAAAUUCAUUUACUUUCAUCGAUCAUAAUGAAUGUUGUACAAAAACAGGUAAUAAUAGUGCAUUGAAUGAAAUUUCCAAAAAUGAUGAAAAUGCACGUCAAGCUUUACUCAAUACUCUUCGAAACGUAAUAAACAACAAGGAAAAUCAAAAUUCAUUACCAUAUAUAGAAUCUCUCAAUCAAUUAUUCAAUGAAAUUUUACUAAAACCAAUAUCAAAUGUUGAACAAUCAAUAACAACAACGAAGAAAGAUCUUACGAAAGUCAUAUCAUCAGAAGAAACAGUUGACAUUCCAAUAUUAAAUCAUGAUAUAUUAAAUAUUUUACCACAAUAUUCAAUUACAACAAGUGAAGAAGAAUCAUUGUCAGAUGAUCAGUCAUAUUGUGCAUUUGAAGUUCUAAAAGUAAAUGGAUAUGAACAAUCUUCUCAAACACUUUUCGAAACCAACUAUCAAGUAUUUGAAGUAGCUGAUGAUAGUAUUUUAAAUCUAUUAAAAACUGAAGGUCGUCAUCAAGUGCAUUUUAAUCGAGCAUUGAUUAUCUUACCUCGUGAUACAAUCUUCUCCAUUUCGUCAAAUAAUAUAUUGUUUUCGAUCAAAUUAAUUAUCUAUGAAUGCUCAUCAACAAUUGAUAAUUGGAAAUCUAUGUCUUAUAACAACAAAAUUAUUGAAAAUUUAUCCUUUGAUAGACAAUCUUUUCUUUCGAAUGUAUCUAGUGGUGAUGCUAAUAGAUUUUAUAAUCAUAAUCCUAUGAUAGAAUUAACUAUCGGCAAUAUAUUUUGGCUUAUGUCAAAACAAAAACUUUUUACUGAUUUAAUUAUUUAUUCUUUAGAUGGUCAAGAAUUUCAUGUACAUCGUCUUAUACUAUGUACAUCAUGUGAAAAGUUUACCGAACUUAUUUCUACAAAUCAACAAAUGAAUAAAAUUCAAAUAGAUUUCGUUAAUGGAAUUAUUCUUCAACGUAUUUUAAGAUAUAUUUAUACUGGUGAAAUUGAAAUGUGUAUUGGAGAAUUUUCAAUUGAUGAAAUUCGUGAUUUAUUAAAUGCAGCUGAUUUAUUUGAAUUGUUUCAUUUGAAAAAUAUUUUAACAAAGAAAUGUUUGAAUCAUAUAACCCAAAAAAAUUGUUUGGAACUAUUACAAUUAGCUGAUGAUAAACAAAUGAAAAUACUUAAAAAUCGUAUACUCACAUUUUUAUGUCAACAAUAUUCACAGAUAUUCACUACUGAUGUAUGGCAGCAAUUUCUUAUUACGAGACCUCAUCUCUACAACGAAACUUUUGUCAAUCUUCUUCGUCUUAAUCAACUUCAAAAAUCUAUCAUUGAAAAUAAUAUUAAGAAAGAAAAAACAUAA